CACAGCAGUCGACUUGGUGAUACUAAUAUACUCAUAGUAAAGAUGAGAGAGUGUUUAAUGGAUUCCUACAUUGAACAGCAGAAGUGGAGGGAAGCACUGCAAGUUGCUGUUGCAUUAAAAGGGCAAUAUGAGUUAUAUUACUCAACUUAUAAUCCAUUCCUUGGGCUCCAUUGUUAUAAAAUAGCCAAACUAUUACAGCAAGUAUCAGAAGAUACAGCAGCUCUUAAAGAAUCAAUGAAGCUACUGGAUAAAGCUAUUGGUAUACUGUCAGUGACUCAUGGCUCAACUCAUCACUGUGUUGUAGAAGGAAAGAGAUUACUGUAUGAUACUGGGAUGGAACUAACUGGUAGAAAAGUACAUGUAUAAUCAUCUUAUGUAUACACAUACAACUGUAUGUGUGUGCAUUGAAAUUGGGAGUGAUUUCAGAGAGCCUGUUCUUAUAGACAUAUAUAACAUGCUUAACAAACUGCUUAGCUAUGCAUUUUUGUACUGCAUCACAAUACUGGGUGUUACCAAUCAAAGUAUCAAAUUUAUAUCACUACACGUGAGCAAGUAUCAGAAA